AUGAUUGGACUACUGUCCUUUGGCAGUGGUUUGUUGUUUAUUGGGAGUUUAUUUGUUGUGUAUUUUCGCUGGUUUAGAAGCGGUUCUCCAGACAAGUUGACAAACGUUUCGUCGAGUUGUGAAAGCGAAGCACCUGAGCAGUAUGGCAAACAACACAGCAACAGGAAAACUAACUUGGAAGCAAAAACGAACGGCGGGAAAGCAUUUGGACACAAGAACGAAGGAGCACAACUGAUACAGAAUGAGGAACCCGAAGGAAACGAAAACUUGAGACAUCGUUUGUCUGCUAAAAAGUCCACGUCCCAAAAUGGACAAGAUCCCGAAGGAGAAACCAAAGCAAAUUCGACCGAAAGCAACGCUUCAGACGAACUGCUAAAUGAUAGUGUUGAAACAAGAAAGGAAAACGAAAUAGCCUGUGAGAAGGAUAUAAAUUUAGGCGACAUUUUGCCAGCCUGUGAAACGAAGGAAGUAAAAAAGCAAGAGCCUGAAAUUAAAAUAAAAACAAAUACACUAAAUGUCGAAGUUUCAGAUAAAGCUCCUGGAAACAGCAGCAUAUCGGAGACAUUUGAAAAUACAGAAGGCAACAAAGAAACAACACAAGUUGUUGAACAAAAAAUUUUACAAGAAAAUGAAGCAGACAGCGUGAAAUAUAUCAACAAUACACAGGAAGAAGCGAAUGUAAACAACGCUAUCGACUCGGUAAAUGAGCCUUUGAUCGGACAGUCAAAUCCUCUUCAAAAGGCUACGAGGCAAGAGAUUUUGAUCGAAGAGCCGCUAGCAAAAGUGAGUGAAGCUGUUUCUAGCGAAGCUGCGGUAGAAGUUCAAGAGGAAAGUAGUUUUUCCUUGGAAGGGCGUGAAUCGAUUGAGGAGCAACGAAAUAUCACAGGUGAUUUAUCAAAUGAUUUGAAUUUGGAGGUCAUUGCUAAUGAGUUUACCAAGCCCCUAGGCGUGGAUGAAAUUAGUAAUUCUCAAGAUAAAAGUGCCUGUGAUGAGAAUUUUGUAGUAGAUCAUGCUGCUAUUGAAGAAAGCGAUGAUUCUAUCAGGGAAAAUGCAGAAAUUUUAGAUGAGAAUCAACAUGUAAAUUUCAUGCCAAGUGAUGAUAUAUCGGACCCACAUGAAGUAAGCCCAGACAAUGUUAUCGAAAUAUUUUCAGACAAACUUUCAAAAUGUAUUAUUGAUGCCGUUUUGCAAGACACACACUUGCUGUAUAGCCAAUCAGAGGAUGAUAGUGACGAGAAUCGUAACAAGGAAUCAAUUUUGAAAUUUUCCGACCUACUUGCGGAGUCAAUAGUUAGGUCGGUGAUCGAUUAUACAAAAGUAAGCCAAGACCAUAUUUCCGAACACGACGAACAUGACCGUUUGAGCCCAAACGUGGCAGAU